GCUUCUUCAUGGUAUACAGCAGUGUAUCAAAGACACCUUAAAUGAAUAUUUAUAAUGUAUUACUUACGUAUUCAAUUUAAACCACCAUUCCCACUUUGAAAUAUUAACAAAUACAAGAUUUUCUGAGACAAAAGCAAUUGUCCAAAAUCCUAAUAAGACGAUCCCAUGACCACGGGGUGGUGGGCUUGGUAAUGAUUUGUAUCUUUCCACUCUUAGUACAUAAAAUGAAUAUGGAUAAAUAAUGACUGUAAAAACUGUUUUAAAGCAAAAUAUAAAAUGGCUUCUCCUAUACAAUCUGCUACUCGUCAAGUAAAACCACUUUUAUCAUUGAACCAAGUUGAAGCAAAGAGAAGAGUUUUCAAUUUAUACAAAGCAUGGAUUCGACAGAUACCUUACAUUUUACAAGAUUAUGAGAUUCCAAAAAGUGAUAGGAAUUUAAAAAUGAAAAUUAGAGAAGAAUUUUUAAAGAAUGCUUAUGUUAAAGACAUCAGAGUUAUUGAUAUGCUAGUGAUAAAAGGUCAGAUGGAAUUGAAAGAAGUAGUUGAACGCUGGAAAAACAAAGGGGCAUUAAUGUUUUACUUCAAGGAUACUGUUGAACCAAAACCUACAGAUUUUUUGUCUAAAUUCAUGUCAGGAAACGAUCCUUAAGGCAAUUAGUAUGAAACUCAGUUCAAGUAAAAACUCAUGUUUUACGUAGAAAUGUAAAUAUGGUAAAAACUGAUGAAAAUAUACUUAAAUAAACUCUUACCAUGUAACCAUAAACUUGUUUAUCGUUCAAAACUGUAGCUUGCAAAAUUAUUCUGAGAAGACUUAAAAUUGGCAUAAAGAAUAAUAAAAAUUUUUGCAGCAGAUAUA